CGUGUCAUUCAUAUGUCAAAUAUUAUUUUGGUUGCGCCGUUUUAGUACGUUUUCACGUGGUUAGAUUAAUUUCCGGCAUGUUUUCUAACUUGAUUUAUAUUUUCUGAAUUAAACCGGUGGCAAUGCAUCGGAUUGUGGCAGCGAGGAACUUAUAUCAAAGUUCUUUACACGGUGUAUCAUUAAAAACAAAUGGUUCGGCGAAUAUUUCGCCAGUUAUCGAUAUAAAAUGUUCGUUUUGCCGAAGAAUUUUAGUAGGUCAGCAUGUCAAAGAAAAUCUUCUAACGGUGCGCCACCAGUCGACGAGAACGGUUAGCUUGUUGAAAUCACAGAAAAAGAAAUCGAAGCACAAAAGCUACAAAAAGUAUGGCGAACUCCUUGAAGUUGGUGAAAAGGUUAUGAUGGAAACAAAAGUUUCCAUAAGUAAACUACAUGCGGCUCACUUAUCAAAACUGGCAUCUAGCCCUGUGUCUCUUGGCCAACUUCAUCAGUUAACAACGAAACCGUUAAAGAAAACUGACAAUGUACCAGUUGAUCCGGAGUUAUUGAGAAGUGUACGGGACCAGCUACUUAGGAAGUCAUCAACGGACUCAAAAGUUAAUGCCAUAGACAAUGAUCAGUGUGCGUUGGUGUAUACUACACAUAAAAUCACAAAUAUUGAGGAAAGGUUCAAAACGAAAGCGUACCUAGACAAAGUGAAGGAGAGUUAUUAUAAUUUCCAAAAGACAACCUUGUAUGAUCAGAGGCUACAGGAUUUGAGAUAUGCAAUCAGUGAGGGUGUUACACAGGAGUUUGAUUUGAACAGAGAAAAUGCUGAAACUGCUGGUUCUGAUGUAUUACCGAAAAGUCCGCAUGCCAUUUUUAAAGCAUUAUUUGUUGAGAAACAACUAGACAAUUAUGAUCAGGAGCUUAUGAAUCAUUUGUCUAAUUUACAAAGGCAAGGCAUUGCUCAUCCUGCUAUAGAGGAUAUUUAUGACGAUGGAAUGAUGAAUGGAGAGAUCCCGGAGAAGGAAGACUUUGAGCCUGAACAUGCUGAGUCCAUAGCAAGUAAAGGUUUAAAUAUAAAAAAGGCUAAUGAAGCAUUAAAAAAGAAAAAGAAAGAAAAACAACAGCAACGUCGUGCCCUCCAAGAGUCUAAUAUGAAACAGGAUAUCAAACAACUGCAAAGGCACGGAAAGCAGGAGGCACUGCACAAGUUGCUCUGUGCACACUUGCAGCUGCUGUGUUCUCUUAACAUGGUCAAUGAGGGUCGAUUAGUGUUGCAACAUUACAGACAGAAAGGGUUGCGCAGUCCCGAUAACCCUAAAAUAACUGACGUUAAAGUUUAUAACGCUUUGCUGCAGGGAUUUGCGAGUACGGGUAUGUUAGAGAACACUAAAGAACUCUUAACAUUCAUGUCAGAGGACGGAGUCGAAGUGAACGCGCAGACGUUCGCGGCCGUGUUCGAGUGCGUAGAGAGGAGUCAGGAGGAAAACAAACACAUUCUACUGCAGUAUUAUAACAUGAUUAUGCAAGAUAAGGGUAUCAGCUUAAACGAUUUAUUGGACAAAAGCAAAUUCCUUUACGACCAGCGAGAAGUGGUUUUAAAAGCUAUAAGGAGAAUACAACCGGGAUUCGAACCCCAAUACACUCCCCCAGUACUCGACUACGUGUGUCCUCUUCUAGACAAGUUGAAAUUAGACCAAAUAGAGAAUAGAAAAGGUCUAAUGCAUUCCCCCGCCGAAGGACUGUUGACUUUGGAAGAGAUGGUACAGAAAGCGAAAGAGCAACUCGAAACAGAGAUUGUGGGCGAGAUAGAAGUUGAGAAUAUCAACGUGAGAGACGAAUCGGCUCCCAUGGUACAGUUCUGUAGAAAGAAGCUAGAAGAAACAGAAGAAGAAUGGCGAAGCGUGAUCAAAGAGGCUUUCAUACGAAACGUGGGCACGCUUAAAUCGCAGAGCAGCGCGUCGCAGUCCGCCAUCACGCUGUACCCGUAUCUCAAGGUGUUAGAGGUGGAUCAAUUUGUGGAGUUAAUAAUGUCGGAAAUAAAUAAACUGGUCGACGGAAGCGAAACGUACAGCCCGACUUUGAAGUUAUUGCAGAGGGAUUUAGGAACGCAAGUUUAUCAAAAAUAUCAAAUCGAGCAAUACCGUCGCAACGGCGUGCUGGACAAGACGUUCACGAUCUACGAGCAGUACUGCUCGUGGUACCUGCGCCGGCGCCCGCGCGGCGAGGGCGGCGCCGUGCUCAACGCGCGCCAGGCCUGGGCCGCGCUGCUGCACGCGCACGCCGACGGCCCGAGUCUGGAUUACGAGGAAUCGCCGUGGCCGAUAGAGCUGCGUCAGAAUAUCGGAAAGUUUCUGUACAAUAUCAUCAUAAACGAUGUGAAGAUCGAUGUCAAUAUGUUCAAACCGAAAGCUAAAGUUAAGAAGUUGCCGGCGGUGUACAAGGUGCACCGUCCGUGGGGGCUGUCGGUGCGGCAGGAGCUGAAGCCGCACCCGGUGCUGUGGCGCGCGUGCGCCGGCGCCGCCCGCCGCGCGCUGCGCCUGCGCACGGCGCUCGCGCCCGCCGCCGCGCCGCCCGCGCCCUGGACCAGCCCGCGCCGCGGCGCGUACCUGCUCACGCCGCCGCCGCUCAUUCGCAUGCCCUACUACGUCUCCAACCAGUGGAAGCGGCUCGACGAAGCGCCGCCGGAGACGCUGUACCCUGUACUCGACAGCCUUAACCAACUCGGAGAAGUGCCGUGGCUCAUCAACAAACCUAUACUAGAUCUCCAGGUCAAGAUAUUCAGGUCCGGUGGCAACAAAAAGCUUGACAUCCCGCCACCAGCGUCGUCACUAGACACAUCGCAGUUCGACGAGCCGAGCGCGGGCGCAGACGCGGGCGCGGGACAGAAGACCGCGGCGCUGAAGCGGCGCCUCGCCAUCUCCCGCGCACGCGCAGACAUGCACUCGCUGUGGUGCGACACGCUCUACAAACUGUCGCUCGCUAAUCACUUCAGAGACUCGUUGUUCUGGCUGCCACACAACAUGGACUUCCGCGGGCGCGUGUACGCAUGUCCGCCGCACGUGUCCGUACUCGGCGCAGACGCACAACGUGCACUCCUCGUGUUCGCUAACAAGAAGCCCCUGGGACCAGACGGGCUGCGCUGGCUGAAGCUCCACGCCGUUAACCUCACAGGAACCUUGAAGAAGAAUACUGUUGAGGAGAGGUUGGAGUACGCGGAAAGCAUAAUGGACAAGAUUCUUGACUCUGCGGACAAGCCACUGGACGGCGAGGGCUGGUGGAUGCAGUCGGAAGAACCCUGGCAGACGCUCGCGUGCUGCAUGGAGAUUGCUAAUGCAGUGCGCUCUCCCAACCCUGAAGAGUACGAGUGCGGGUUCCCGGUGCACCAAGACGGGUCGUGCAACGGCCUGCAGCACUACGCGGCGCUGGGCGGGGACGCGGCCGGCGCCGCCGCCGUCAACCUCGCGCCGCUGCCGCGCCCGCAGGACGUCUACAGCGCCGUCGCCGCAUUGGUGGAGGAGAUGAGAGCCCGUGACGCGGCAGCAGGCGUGCCGGCCGCCAUCAUUCUGGAGAACUUCGUGCGCAGGAAGGUGAUCAAGCAGACCGUCAUGACCACUGUCUACGGAGUCACCAGGUUCGGCGCAAGGCUGCAGAUUGCCAAGCAGUUAAAAGACAUUGACGAGUUCCCUAAGGAGCAUGUGUGGUCGUGCUCGCAGUACUUAACAACAAAGACAUUUGACAGUCUUCGAGAGAUGUUCACAUCCACUAAACUUAUACAGGAUUGGUUCACCGAUUGUGCCAAGCUGAUCUCGGGCAUCUGCGGCGAGAGCGUGGAGUGGGUGACGCCGCUGGGGCUGCCGGUGGUGCAGCCCUACUACCGCCGCGCGCCGCCCUGCGCCACGCAUCUGCGCACCGCCGUCGACCACCACCAGCGUCCGUGCACGAUGAAGCAGCGCAACGCGUUCCCGCCGAACUUCAUCCACUCGCUGGACUCGUCGCACAUGAUGCUGACGGGGCUGCACUGCGCGGCGGCGGGGCUCGCGUUCGUGUCCGUGCACGACUGCUUCUGGACGCAUCCGCACACCGUCCACACCAUGAACAAGAUUUGUCGAGAACAGUUCGUCGCUCUUCACUCACAGCCAAUUCUGGAUGAUCUAUCGAAUUUCCUCGUGCAGAAGUACAGUUAUGCCGAAAAUGAACUAGAAGACGGCAGCGUUGGCGCGCCAAAUAAGAAACGCGUAAAUAACUUACUACAGAGGGUGCCGAGCAAAGGAAAUUUCGAUAUCAACAGUGUACUGCGGUCAGUGUACUUCUUCAGCUAGAGUCUAGACAAAUUUAGACUUUUUGUGUUUCGCGAUACGUUCCUUUUUCUUCCGAUUGAACGAAUUAGGUGAAUGUUUGGGAUUGUGUGCCUUAUAAGGCUGAUGUGGGGUCUAGUAUUGCUUGGAUUUAUGUAUAUCGAGCCAAUGCUAAAUAUGGCAAUUAUCGUAAAAUAAUUUGGUAAAUUAUUUAAGUUUGGAUGUAAAACGUGAAAAGAAUUUCAAGCAAAAAACCUACGAUACAGAGUUCUUAAUCUUAAUAAUCAUAAACCAUUAUUGCUUUAUAGAUUUUUGCUAAUAUGUAUGAAGGCACACAAUCCGUCGGAUUUAGACAAGCGACUGACUGAACUAAACAUAUUGGACUGACGAAGUUGAACGCUAAACGCUGCCUUACUAAUGUAUCUUUAUGCUAGGAAUGUAAAAUUUUUCCAUUGAGUCUCCACGCUUUUGUUAUUCUUCAAUUCAGAAAAAGAUCAAAAUUUAUCGAAAUUGUAAAAAAAAGUAUGUGUGAUGAUUUACAAUACAACGAAGUAUAAUUUUAUGCAACUACUGGAUCUAAAUUGGAUGGGGUAAUGUUAAAAUCAUUCAUGAAUAAGUAUUUUUUACUGGUGAUAGGAUAUAUUUUAUAUCCGCCCGCAUAGCGACUAUCGUACGCAAGGUGUUAAAACCCGCUAUAGUGAUCCACGUAACUGUUGCAUUCCGGGAUGAGCCUGUGGAUAUCCGGUUCCAACAGGCCGGCAUAAUUGUGUCGACUGCCGAGCGGUAAUUACUCUCGUCAGUCGACAUUCUAUUGGAACCCACUCCACUUACCAUCAGGUGCAGUGUGGUCACUUUGCCCCGUACUUAUAAAAAAUAUUACAUUUCCUAGCACAUGCAUUAUAAAUUAGCAAAACUGCCCAGUUCUGCCAUUGUCUUUGAUUUGAGUGUUGUGUAUUCUCUACAACGGUAGAGUACAAAUAGUUAGCAUUUGUAAGAUUUUUAGAUGUACAAUUUACAAAUACUUACCUCACAUAGAAUAACUUUUUAAUAUGUAAACACAUUAUUUGUUUUAUUUGGAUUAAAAAAAUAAGAAAUUUCGAAAAGUGAAAAACAUAUAAAAUUAAUAUAUUAUUGAUAGGUGACAACACUGGGUGUCCAUGGUCUCGAAUUAUAAAUGGUCACACUAAAUAGACGUUUACUUAGUAUUACCAUAAUCCGAAUAAGACAGAAAUAUGUAAUAAAUAUAUGUGAGAUUAAAGACCAAAACUAGUUGGUUUUUGUAAUCAUUUGGAAAUACAAAAAUACCGUCUGUGAUUUGUUAGUUAACUAAUAUUAAAUGGAUUUAAUUGUA